CUACCAGCCAAAAAAUUAUGUUUUUUAAAGAUUCAAGAAGGUUCAAAACUCAAAGGAAAAGAAGGACAAGAACUAGAAUUAAAAAACGACUUGCCCAAGCAGGGGUAGGCAUCAACAGAAUAAAAAUGUUAUCAGCCGGUAAGAUUUUUUACAAAAUAUCACGAAAACAUCUUCUUCCACAGUUCUGUGGAAAACUGUCUUUGCCUACCCCUGCUGGGGAGGGUCACUGCCGCACGCCAAAACCGCCGGACAGAGGAAGACAACAUGAUUCGAAAAAACUUGAUAGAGGAGAGAUGUCAUCAACAAAUAACAAGUUGCUAUGGGAUCUAUCGCCUGAAAUAUUUAAAGAAGUGUUCCGUGAUGCCUGCCUCAACAAUGGACGGAGACUGACAAUGGGGAGACGGAAGAUCUACGCGAGAAAACGUUUUUUCAAUUGGUUGAAGAAAUUGAAGUUAUGGCCUGAAUUUUUGAUCAUAUUCAAAAAAGUUUGGGAUUUUAUAGUGAAGAUAGUCAAUAUUCCGAAUUCUGUGGCUGAUACCAAUACUGAACAUUUGGUAAAUAUGUCCCCAUUGAACGGAGAUUUGAUAAAACAAGCAAGGCAAAAGUUGAAUUGCGAUGAAGUUGAACUUCAAAAUGAAUUAGAGGAACAUCCUUUCAAGAUAGAACAUAUGGCGAUUGAAAAACAUCUCAUUCAAGAACAAGACCAAAUAAGCCAGUUUGCAUUUGCUAUUGUCCAUAUGAAAGACGAUAUCAAAAUCUUUAACGUUGUGAAACCAGACCACAAAAAAAACAACACAGGACUGGAAUAUACAAAACACACCGAGGAACUUCUAAUUGAUCAAAUUGAGGUUUUUCUUCAUCGAAAAAAAAAAAAAAAAUCUAUAUUUAAAAUAGUAAAGAAUAUUGUUAUCUUCUCAUACAACAGUCCAUGUUUGAACAGGUUGGACAAAAGGGAGUGUUGCAUGCUCAAACUUCUGGACAAAGCGAAAGACUGGAAACAAUAUGGCAUUUCUACUACUGUGGUAUUUGCAAAGUACUGGGCAAGUCUCAAGUAUGGAAUAAUCAAGAUCAAUGGUUCAGUAGAUCAAUCCAAUACUAUUAUUAAUAUAAAUAAAAUCAAUAAUGUCCCCUUUAGAUUAAAGACUAACAUUACUAGUAAAUAUAUUGAGAAUAAAGAUGAUGGUCAAUAUAAAGAUGUUUUCUCCAUAAUCGCAGAUGCUGAAGGAAAAGAAGAACGAAAAGCACUACAGGUGGUAAUUGAAUCUAGUCUCGAUCACCUGCAGACUGAGGCAGAAAAAUCGUCACGUACAUAUGAUGAACAUCUACAGCAUUUAAAAAAAGAAAUUGCAACUCUAAUGUUUCCAAUGAAACACCAGGAUAACAUUCGGAAAAAGUUGUUGGAAAGAUGGACUAGAGUGGUAAACUACAAUACAAUGGUGCUUAUACACAAACGAAAAACUGCAGAAUUAAAUAUAAAAUAUUUUCUAAGUUUUCAAGAGUUGUUGGGGUCCAGUAGCCCAUUACACCUUAAGCAUAUGUUUCUGAAGUAAAAAGAUCUACUCAGUAAGUGCCACCUUUAAGACACUACACCACCACCAGUAUGUCUUUCUUCAUAUCAAUUUUUCUGGAUCUGUGUUGUCUCAUCUGUCCGGCAAUAAAAAUAAUUACCUAAA